AUGGCGCGUCCUCGCCUGCCAGCAGGCGUUGCCGCCCUGGCGGCGCUCCUGGUGCUCCUGCUCAGUGCACCGGCAGCUACUGGUGCUGCUGAGCGUUCGUCGAACGACGCCGCCGGCCGCGAGCUUCUGCAGCUCCUUGGCGGACUCACUGGAACACUUAGUGGCACUGUAGGGGCAGUCACAGGCGGCGUCGGCGGCAUUGUCGACACAGUGUUGGGCGGCACCACCACAAAUGCGACCACUACUCUCCUCAACAAUGUCACCAACACGGUCGGCGGCGUUGUUGGGAGCCUCACCGGCACCAACAACACGCUAGCGCCUGUCACCAACUUGACCACCGCUGUGGGCGGCGUGGUCGAUGGUUUGCUUGGCACCGUGGGGGACAUCAUUGGCGGUACUGGCCUCACAAACCUGACCAGCGGCCUUGUCAACACUGUCAACAGCACGGUGGGCGGCCUCACCAAUGGCACCCUCAGCAACCCCACGGGCGUUGUUGGUGGCUUGGUCAACACCAUCAACAGCACAGUAGGCGGCUUGGUCAACACCGUCAACAGCACAGUAGGCGGCUUGGUCAACACCCUCAACAGCACAGUAGGCGGCUUGGUCAACACC